GUUCCGCGGAGCUCCUCCUCACAAUUCUUUAUAUUAGCGACACCCAUUCAGUAGAUAUUUCAGCAUUUUUUAGUUAUCAUUUGUUCAUGUACCAGAUUGGAAUGCAAAAUUUGUUUGCUCAAGUGGUGUCCACUGUCCGUCCAGUGCAUCAGGGGGAGUUUUAAUUGCUGGUGCAACCUAUAUAGUGGUCUGAUGCAUUGCCGAAACGUCCAGACUGGAACCAAACAAUGGACAGAGUAGGCUGCCCUGCACGGGUGUCACACCAGUCCUUGAGGGCAGCUGCAGUGUCUGUGGGUUUUCCUUUCUCCAUUGCACUUAACUGAUCAGCCAAUGUUAUUGAUUUGAGGCCAAUGUACACCAGUGAUGUACUAUAUUAGUUAAUGUGCAACAUCCUGAACUUUACAGAUAGAAAUGGAAUGAAAAGACUCUAGACGAUUCCCAUUUCUAGAUGACAGACAAAAUGUAUACUGCAUAAAACAUUUGUAUCUGAGCAUACGGUAAUGUUGCAGCUGAACGGGGCCCUGUUCUAAAUUAGACACUGACUAAAAGGGAAAAAGGAAUACCUGAAUUGUGUUCAUUAGCGCGUACUGUAGAAAAACAUUUUAAAAUAGGAAACACAAACAAGCUUAUUGAACAACAUUUCACUCCGUUUUGCGUCACUGUCUUCCAUUGCGUGCCUACUGAACAUGAUCCAGCAGACACUGCGGCAGCCCUCCAGGUAUUGAGCCCAGCUGUACAGGCAUUAGCCCUGCAGGGUUUUAGUAUGGCUUCAGAGAAGAUGGAUGAUUGCAGUGGGACACUGGGGCUGAAUGUUUACGUCAAAGAGGAGGAGGAAGAGGUGCAGGUGGAGGAUUUCGCAAUGAAGGACAAGGAGGCAUUCACAGUGAAGGAGGAAGAGGAGGAGGAAGCUUUCACAGUGAAGGAAGAGGUGUUGACUUUCACAUUUAAAAAAGAAGAGGAAGAGGUUUCAACAGUGAAAGAAGAAGAGGACGAGGUUAUCACAGUGAAAAUUGAGGAGGGUGGAGGAGAGAGGCCUAGCCCCAGCACCGAGACUAAAUGGGGCUCAAAGAGUGGAAAAAGUUUGAUACAGGAACUGGACUGGCGAGCUCCUGUGGAGAAACCUCACUGCUGUUCCCAGUGUGGCAAAACAUUCUCAGAGUCCGGAAACCUGAAGCAGCACAUGCGGACGCACAGCGGAGAGAGACCUUACCACUGCUCCAAAUGCGGGAAACGCUUCAUACAAUUGGGACACUUCAACAGCCACCAGCGCACGCACACGCAGGAGAAACCGUUCAGUUGCGGUGAGUGCGGGAAGAGUUUCUCUCAGAGAAUCAAUUUGAAGAAACACCAGCUCACACACUCCGGUGAGAGGCCUUUCCUGUGCUCUGACUGCGGGAAGAGUUUCUCUUCAUCUACCAACCUAAAAAGACACCAGAGCACGCACAGCAAUGAAAAGCCUUUCCAGUGCACCAACUGUGAGAAAAGUUUCACUCAUAUACACCACUUGACACGUCAUCAGACCGUACACACGGGGGAGAAACCUUACACUUGCUCUGACUGUGGGAGGAGUUUCUCCCUCCAGGGGACUUUAAAGAAACACCAGCGCACACACACCGGAGAGAAACCGUACCAGUGCUUGCUCUGCGGGAAGAAUUUCUCUCUUUCGGUGGCACUGAAGAGACACCAGCUCAUGCACACGGGAGAGAAACCGUACCAAUGCUCUCAGUGCGGGAAGAGUUUCACCCAAAAGGGACAGUUAACUCAACACCAGGGCACACAUGAACUAGAAAAGCCUUACCCCUGCUCCCAGUGUGGGAAAAGUUACUCCUCAGCCCCCUCGUUAAAAGCACAUCAGAGGACUCACAAAGAGUCAACGUCACUCGUAAUGACAGCACAUUUCAGAAAGUAAAUUAUUGAACUGGUUGUCUCUGAUUGGGAUUGAUAGCCUACAUUUGAAACUAUAGAUUGUGCCUUAAAUGCUUUGUCACGUUCAUGUUCAAACAAAACUCUUAGUCCCAAUUUCAUUUUCUCCCUGAAAUGUUCACUUGCACACUCCUUACAGAUUUAAAAGGAAUGGACUGGUUUGCAUUCAGUACCACAGAACGGUGAGCAACCUUGAAUUCAAUGGAAACGGCACUUAAAAACUUUGGGCCAAUUGCAACCAUCGAUGGCCACCAGAUUAUCGCCAGCUGAUCUUUAGUUAAACCAGUAAUUGGCACUAAAAUCACCUACACAGCUGAUCUCAAUUGCAACCAUUAUUGGACACCAAUUACCUCUCCCUAAAGUGGAUGUUGGGCUUUACUCUUAGUUCUGCUUUUAAGACUAUGUUGCCCUCUUGGGUAUUAUCAGAACAAUUUAAUCCAGUUUUUUUAGCAGAUUCAAGGUGAUUUUAAUCAAUUUGAUAAUCAUUCCAUACAUCUCAAAUAAAGUAUUUAAUUUCCUUGUUUUCCACAGCAAAUCUUCUAUUGCAGUGUAGCCUACCCUACACAUUUUAUGAUUGGAAAAAUCAUGGUGUAGGGUAAAUUUAUUUCCAUUUUAUGUAAUCCAUUAAUGAUUUAACUUGUCUAAAUAAAAUAUGGCAUUUUUUUCCAUCAAGAGAGGUGAAGAACAUUUUCCUGAACUGUAGGAUACACAUUUGAAACUGUAUUGUAGGCUAUUUUUUUAUAAAAUUAUCUUGUAUUGUAUUUGGAAGUCGUUAUCUUAAUUUAAUUAAAGUGCUUCAUUUUAUAUUGAUA